CAGACUCGCGCUUUAGUGUCGACACGCAACCGGGUAGUUUGAUAACGUUCAGUCAACUGGCCUCUCUCGUCAUGUCGGCCGAAGACUUGCUCAUUCCGGGCCCUGAUCACGGAGGUAUUCCACGGGCGCCCUUUGUUGCAAAUGUUGCAGACUUUGUUACCUCGACUGAAGACGUCGAUCGCGUCAUCCAGCAGUUCCAAGAAGCGAUUGCCAAGUACAAAUUUAUGCAAGAGAGUCUGCAAAAGACGGCGGCCAAUUUGAUGGAGAAGAUUCCUGAUAUUCGCAAAACGCUGCAAACGGUCGAGUUUCUUGGUGCACGCAAAGCAGACGACCCAGAUUUGGUUGUUGACUUUGAGCUCAACGAUACUUUGUAUGCUAAAGCGGAAGUGUCACAUACAGAGACUGUCAACAUUUGGCUAGGAGCUAAUGUCAUGGUCGAGUACCCGAUACCAGAGGCACAAGAGAUGCUCUCGGAAAGGCUUAAUACUGCCGAGGCUUCUCUCAAGACGACAGAAGAGAACCUUGAGUUCAUUCGAGAACAGAUUACCACCAUGGAGGUGAAUACAGCCAGAAUAUAUAAUUGGAGCGUAGAACAACGGCGUAUGGAGCGCGAAGGUCAGACUGCAGAGCAGUAAAGCCUUAAAAUUCCUGCAAAAGUCCAAAAAGGUAGCCAAGCAGUUCAUGUGGCUCGUGUCUCAGCGCAUUAUGCAGCC